UGUUGUUCACGACACACAUCUCUGGGAAGCUAGCUACGCAGUAGACGGAUAGCUAGCACAAUGAAUUUGCUCUAUGCCACGAUAAUAUGAUGAAAUCGAUUUAUCAGAGGAUAUGAAUGUGUUUAAUCGCAAUUAUCAUAGAUUGAUAUUGGUCAAUUCAUUAAUGUGUCAAGGCUAAGACAAGUGUAGCAAGCUCGUACUUGCCGUACAUUUUUGCUUGCAACGCUAACAGUUAGCUACGCCUAUGAUGACACAUUUCAACAAGAAUACAAGAAAGAAAGCCUAGACUCUGCAUGGCGAGCGAGUGGCGGCAGCAGAAGUGACUGUCCCUAGACCAGCCAGAGAGGCCUGUGGCAGAGUGGUGGUGUGGCCCCAGCCCCGUACGGGAGGAGAACCACCAUGGCCUCUCGUCAUCAGAGGAACUCUGUGCGGAUCCUGUCCAGCCGGGAGCGCGGCUCACAGGCCUUUGGCUCCAAGCGCCUGCUGCAGCAGCUGGUGGAGGAGAAGGUCCGCUGGAUGAAAUGGCAGAGUCAGAAAGUGGAGCUGCCAGACAGCCCUCGCUCGACGUUCCUGUUGGCCUUCAGCCCAGACCGGACCCUCAUGGCUUCCACUCAUGUCAAUCACAACAUCUACAUCACAGAGGUGAAGACUGGAAAGUGCUUGCAUUCGCUGGUAGGCCACCGCCGCACGCCCUGGUGCGUGACCUUUCACCCUACCAUCCCAGGUCUGGUGGCCUCCGGGUGCCUUGACGGAGAGGUCCGCAUCUGGGACCUGCAUGGUGGCAGUGAGAGCUGGUUCACGGAAAGCAAUGUGGCCAUUGCCUCACUAGCCUUCCACCCCACUGCCCAGCUCCUCCUCAUCGCCACCAAUAACGAGCUCCACUUCUGGGACUGGAGCCGGCCCGAGCCCUUUGCCGUGGUCAAAACCGGCAGCGAGACUGAAAGAGUCAGGUUGGUGAGAUUUGAUCCUUUGGGGCACAAUCUUCUGACUGCUACUGUGAACCCCUCCAACCAGCAGAAUGAUGAUGACUCAGAGGUCCCCAUGGACAGCGUAGAGAUGCCCCACUUCCGCCAGCGCUCCUUCCUGCCCUCCCAGCCUGUACGCCGCACGCCCAUCCUCCACAACUUCCUGCACAUCCUUUCCUCGCGCUCCUCGGGAGCGCAGGCUGGGGGGGAUGCGUCCCGCCCUGGCGGGGAGAGCAGCGGCGAGCCCCCCAGCAUGCCUUUGGGCCAGUACCCAGCCUCUCAGGACCGUGGACUGCCCUUCCCAGGCUGCACCCAGCACCUGGGCAUGGUGUGCCUAUGCAGCCGCUGCACAGCCAACCGCAGCCCCUCUCUGGGCGAGGGGCCCUCCUCCAGGCCUGUGGUCCUCCCUGAGCACCCUCAGACGGCCCCCCAUGCCUCCACCUUUUCCUCAGCCCGUACGGAGCCCCGACAGCCUUCAGAGCCCAGUGGGGCCCAACAGCGGCCCUCUGCCUUCACAACGGUCUACUAUAGUGCCGGCAGCUCCCUGCACCGUGCCGUGCCUACCACCCACGUGGUCAGCCCGCCCCUGAGCCAGCAGCCUCCGCCACCACCCACCAGCCACCCACCCCUCUCCCGCCCACUGCCCGGACCCGAUUGGACACGCAGCCUGCUGAACAUGAGAGGCUCAGAGAGCAGAACUGGAGGGAGUGAAGGUGGGGUGAGUGGGGUAGGUGGUAUGGGUGGUGUCGGGGGUGGGAUGCUGCCCCCCCGAACCAGCUCGUCCUCCGUCAGCCUGCUGUCAGUGCUCCGGCAGCAGGACGGCUCCUCCCAGUCCCCUGUCUACACUUCCGCCACAGAGGGACGGGGUUUCCCCACGCAGUCAAGCUCUGAACCAGGCUCUGGCCCCGUGGCCAAUCAGCGAGGUGGUGGAGGGGCGGGCACCAGCAGCGGGCACCACCCUUUCUGGGACGGCACGCGCAGCAACCCGACCUCGUUCCGCAACGUGCUCCAGUGCAACCUGAGCCGCUACUUCAUGGAGUUUGACCGCAUGCAGGACCUGGAGUCGCCGCUGGGGGGCGUCGGGGGAGGGGAGGUUGGCCAGGAGCAGACGCAGGAGCUGCUCAACAACAACAUGGACCCGGAGAGACCCAGGCCUUCCUCCUCCCACUAUCAGCCCCAGCCGCCCCCACCAACCCCAGCCGAGAACAACCCCCCUCCCUCCAAUGCGGCUCACUCCUCUCGGGGCCAACUGAACCGCUGCCGGGCCUGCCACAACUUGCUCACCUUCAACCACGACUCCCAACGCUGGGAGCGCACCAGCCCAGCCUCGUCCACCUCCGCUGUCUCCACCCAGGAGGGCUCCAGCUCUCCCUGGCAGCAGCCGACCAGCCCUGCCUAUGAAGAGACCCAUGUGUCACCACAGAGGCGGGAGCCCCAACCCCAGCCACCAGAGAGGGAGAGGAGGGUAACCCAGCCCCCGGAGCCCAGCGAGCGGCAGCCCUCCCCAGGCCCUCAUGGUGCGGCCAUGCCCUUCCCCACCAUUGCGUCAUCCACUGCCCAGCCCGGUGAGCAGACGGUGGGCCUGGUGUACAACCAGGAGACGGGCCAGUGGGAGCGCGUCUACCGCCAGGCCGCCUCCAGCCGCUCCACCGUUGCCGACGCACCGCCAGAGGCCUUAAGCCAGGAAAUGCCUGUGGAUAACCCAGACGAGGACUCUCUGAGGAGGAGGCUGUUGGAGUCCUCCCUCCUCUCUCUCUCCCGCUACGACAUGGGAGGAUCCAGAGACCACCCCAUCUACCCAGACCCUGCCAGGUUGUCCCCGGCUGCGUACUACGCGCAGAGAAUGAUCCAGUACCUGUCGAGGCGGGACAGUAUCCGCCAGCGUUCGCUGCGCUACCAGCAGAACCGCCUGAGGACCCUCUCCUCCUCUUCGGACAGCCCGGCCGGCAACCCCUCGGCCGCAAUGGAGAACAGCGAUGUGGACUUUGAAGAGCUAGAUGACAACGGAGACAGGACGAGGCACCGAACACCACGCAACGCCAGGAUGUCUGCACCUUCACUGGGGCGAUUCGUUCCUCGGCGGUUUCUUUUGCCUGAGUACCUGCCCUAUGCUGGAAUCUUCCACGAGAGGGGACAGCCUGGCCUGGCCACCCACUCCUCUGUCAACAGGGUCCUAGCAGGUGCCUCAAUCGGGGACGGCCAGUCGGCGGUGGCCAGCAACAUAGCCAACACCACCUACCGGCUGCAGUGGUGGGACUUCACCAAGUUCGAUCUACCUGAGAUCAGCAACGCCUCUGUGAAUGUGCUGGUGCCAAAUUGUAAGAUCUACAACGAUGCCAGUUGUGACAUCUCGGCGGACGGGCAGCUCCUGGCCGUGUUCAUACCCAGCAGCCAGCGUGGCUUCCCUGACGAGGGCAUCCUGGCUGUGUACUCCCUGGCACCUCACAACCUAGGGGAGGUGCUCUACACCAAAAGAUUUGGUCCCAAUGCCAUCUCGGUGAGCCUGUCUCCCAUGGGCUGUUACGUGAUGGUGGGCUUGGCCUCCCGCAGGAUCCUGCUGCAUCCCUCCACCGACCACAUGGUGGCGCAAGUGUUCCGGCUGCAACAGCCCCACGGUGGAGAGACCUCCAUCAGGAUGGUGUUCAACGUGGUCUACCCCAUGGCUCCGGACCAGCGGCGGCACGUCAGCAUCAAUUCAGCCAGAUGGCUUCCAGACCCGGGGAUGGGCCUGGCCUACGGGACCAACAAAGGAGACCUGGUCAUCUGCAGGCCUGUGUUCUACCGUAGUGAUGGAGAGAGCCCGGCCGAAGCAAGCGCAGAGCCCAUAUUCACAGUUAACAGCAGUGGUGGAACCAGCAGAACCCGCAGUACAGAUCGACCAGGGGCCCCCAGUCGUUCCAGCUGGAGACUUGACAGAGACAUGGGUCUCAUGAACGCCAUUGGCCUCCAGCCCCGACACCCCGCCCCCUCUGUGACCUCACAGGGCACUCAGACGCCGAUCGUCCAGCUGCAGAACGCCGAGACGCAGACAGAGAGGGACCUCCCCAGGCCCAGCACCUCCCACGCUGCUGCUUAUGAAGUCCGUCAAGAGCUCCCGUCCACGAGCCGUGAGGCCAAAGGGAGCCUCGAGCAGCCACAAACCAGCCAGAUCGAGGAUAGUACCCUGGGGGACGCCUCAACAGAAGCCGGCACCUCUACCGCUAAUACCGGUGAGGCCCCAGAGUACGCCCCGGGAGAGGACGCCCUGGCGCGGAUCCGCCGGCUCAUCGCAGAGGGCGGAAUGACAGCGGUGGUCCAGCGGGAGCAGAGCACCACCAUGGCUUCCAUGGGUGGGUUUGGCAACAACAUUAUUGUCAGCCACCGCAUCCACCGCGGCUCCCAGACUGGGGCGGGUGCUGCAGCCAAGCGGCCUAGCAGCAGUGACCCUAUUCUGGCCGACUCUGGCCCCUCUACAGCCUCCCCUUCCGCUUGCCCCCUCAACUCCCUGUGUCUCAGCCUGGAGCACACCCCUGCUCCCUCAGAGCCUCGCCCAGGCCAGGUGUGGGGUCUGCCCUCCCUUUCUCAACCACAACCCCCUGGCCUAGCCUCAGAGGGUGAGGGGGCCAGUCUCUCAAUGGCCAUGGACAUCGACAACGUGUUUGAAGGAGCCGGCCGAAUGGACGAUUCUGAGCCAGGCCCCUCUUCCUCCCUGCUCUUCUCCUCCUCUUCUUCCUCUCGCGGCUCUUACCCCUCUGGCACCGGCAGAAAUGGCAACAAUAAUAACAACAACAACAACAACGGCAGUAACAACAGAGAUAGUUACCCAGGUGACCCUUACAGCAGGUAGAGUUCUGUGUGACUUGGCCCUUAUUGCCCAGGAGAGGGAGAGAAUCCCUCAGAGGAGAUAGUGGGUGAGUGCUUUGGGUCGACAGACUGUGUAUCACGAACCCUAAAGCCGAGUUGUACACUACACGAUUUUUGGCCCCCGAUUUAGUUGUCGCAGACAUGUUUUUGAGAUCGGAGACCAUGUUGUUGCCAACUCGAACCGUACAAGACGUCCCAAUAUUUUCAAACAUGUUUGAGUUUAUUGGCACAAUGUGUAAUGCUCUGGUAGUGUGAGAUGUAAUAAUGACGCGUUUUGAAAACGGUGAUCGGCAAGGGCAAUGUGAGCUCGCCAGAGUAGAAGCCAGUGAGAUGAUGUAUCACAUCAACCAUAAUGUGUAGAUUCUCGAACAGGAGCGACGACGACUACUACUAGCUAGCUAGUAUGCGUUUGUACUUGCCUUAAAAGCCAAAGUGUCAAAUGGUUAGCGCUAUGAAGUUCACAAGCAAAAUGUAUUGGCUAGAUAUUUCAACUCUAUAGCAAGCGUGGAUGUCUGACUAUAAACUUUUGAGGAUGCUUUGAGCCACAGCUCGUUCUAGCAGUGUUAACAAUCUAAUCACAUCACCUUGUUUUCGCCAGACAGCGUGGUAUCGAGAAUCCUCCCGACUAAGUGAAGAAUCUUGUCUUGUAUCACAUCGUUUAGUGUGCGCACCACUACGUUGGCAAGACAAACUUACAGGUAAGACGGUUGUUCAAUGUGAGCGGCUCAGCGAUGUUUGGAUGUUGAAAGUCGUGUAGUGUACGCCCGGCAUAAAGGAACAGUAUGGCCCUGUCUUGCUGGUGCGCUUCUCCUCAAAGCCUUAUCUCACAAAGAAUGGGUGCUCAGACUCGGCAGGGUAUCCAGCCCUGAACAUAAGGGACAUAAGCUCCCCCCCCUCCCCUCCCCAUGCUGCACCCAUCAGUGGCAUUGUGAUCCCCCUGCAUUUGUGUGCACUUACACUGCACUUAAAAUGGACCUUAGUUGUAUGAUCAUUCCAUGUCAGAAAGGCUUUUACUUGAAUUGUGCCAGCACCGGGGUACCGAUGCUGAGAUUUUUUUUUUUUCAGUCCUUUCUCUUUGCAUAGGUGUGACCGAUAGACAAGGUUACUCCAUUCAAAGUGCCAUGUAAGGGUAAUUGUAAACAACAACGAGAAACAGACAGUUUCUCCAGUGUGUGCAGCGUUCUGGUGCCAUGUGAUUUGAUGUGAAAUAGCGUGCGUUUGCUAUAUUUGGAAGCUUUUUUUCGUUCUUUUUUUUGUUGUUGCUGCCAAGUUGUAGGACAUGUAUUUGUAAUUUGAUGAUAAUGCAUAGCGAGGAAAGAAUCCUAUUGUUGUAUGAAUCAUGAGAUGCGUGUGGCAUAAAGAAAGCCAUGCCUUUCAAGAGAA